AUGGCUAUGGCUGCAUUUCGGAGAGCUAUUGCUCCCAAUGUCGGCACACGAUUACAGCCUCAGACCUUUGUCGUCCGCCCUCGACCUCUUUCCGCCGCCGUGUCUCGUUGCCGCGCCUAUCUUUCCACCGGUGACCGACGGCAAUAUGCUUUUCACUCCCAGCUUGAAAGCGCCCCUGACGCCGCCGCAGCCUUCGGGUCCUCUCCGCCGCCCUCCCGCCAGGCCUACCCCCAGACCCUCACCGAAAAGAUUGUCCAACGAUACGCCACGGACCUCCCCCCCGGCAAGAAGGUCAAGGCCGGCGACUAUGUCACGCUCAAACCUGAGAGGGUCAUGACCCACGACAAUUCCCUGCCAGUCGCCAUGAAGUUCAUGCAAAUUGGGGCCUCCAAGAUCCAUGAUAGCCGCCAGGUCAUUAUGUGGAGGAGUUUGCUGGCCGGCAUGGUGUUAAGUUGCCAUCAAAUCAUGGUCGAAGAAGGACACGCCUGGCCAAGGACUGUGACCGUCGCCAGUGACAGCCACUCCUGUCAUUAUGGUGGUAUCGGAGCGCUUGGCACACCCGUCGUAAGAACCGACGCCGCUAGCAUAUGGAGUACAUCCAAGACUUGGUGGAGGCGAGUAUCCUCCCCGGCCCUCUUUCCUCUGCUCCGCACAUCUCAGGAGCAGAUCUCCGUCCCAAAAUCUCGCAGGAAUGUUGCUCCUGCGACUGUACUCACAAAUCUAAUACCUCCAGUUGCCAAGAUCACAUUCACUGGCAUCCUCCCCCGCGGCGUCACUGGCAAAGACGUGAUCGUUUCUUUAGUUGGAUUACUCAACCAGGACGAGGUUUUGAACCAUGCCCUCGAAUUCACAGGGUCCGAAGAGACUUUGGCAAGCAUCCCUAUAGAUGAUCGCUUGACAAUUGCGAACAUGAGUACUGAGUGGGGUGCUUUGAGUGGGCUAUUUCCAGUGGAUAAGAAACUCAUCUCCUGGUACCGCGCCAAAGCUACCACCGCGGCCAUGUCCAAGAGCCCCCUCCGGGAGCGCAUCAACCACGAGCGCAUCGACGAGCUUGUCAAAGACGAGCUGGUUGCCGACCCCGGCGCUUCUUAUGCCAAGGAACUUUACCUGAACUUAUCUACACUAUCCCCAUUUGUUGCUGGGCCUAACUCUGUGAAACUUGUUCACCCUCUCCGGACUCUUGAGUCUCAGGAUAUCCCGGUCGACAAGGCUUACCUCGUUUCCUGCACCAACGCACGGAGCUCGGACUUCGCUGCCGCCGCUCGUGUCUUCCGCGAGGCGGCCAAGGAUGGCGAGCCCGCCAAAAUUGCUCCCGGUGUCAAACUUUACAUUGCUGCAGCCUCCGUUCCCGAGCAGGAGUUGUCCGAGGAGGCAGGCGACUGGCAGGUCUUGGUUGAUGCUGGAGCCCAAGUUCUGCCUCCAGGCUGUGGUCCUUGUAUUGGUCUUGGUACUGGUCUUCUUGAAGACGGCGAGGUCGGGAUAAGUGCAUCCAACCGAAACUUCAAAGGUCGCAUGGGAUCUACCAAGGCAAAGGCCUACCUAGCCAGUCCGGAAACCGUCGCAGCCAGCGCUCUUCGGGGUAAGAUAUGUGGUGCUGGUUGGUACCAGAAGCCCGAGGCUGUCGAGAAGGUAAUCAUCGGCGAGGGCAGCGGUGAUUAUGUCGCCGACAAGGCUCGGUCUGUGGAGGCUGCUCUUGACAAGCUUCUUUUCGAGGUUGAUGGUAUGAUCGCCACUGCUGAGGGCGCCGGAGACGCUGCCACAGGACAGUCAUCCAGCCCUGCCGCGCCUCAGGAUGAAGCUUUGACCGAGAUUCUCCCUGGCUUUCCCGAGAGAAUUGAAGGCGAAAUCGUCUUCUGUGACGAAGAUAACAUCCCCCCCCCCCCCCCCGAGACAUUGCCUAUCAUUCGCCAAAACUUGGAGAAGCAAACACACAAUUAA